CUGAGUCCUUGAUUGGUUGAUGCUCCGCGUCAAGCUCGCCUGCCUCCGAAAUCCCACUGCAACAUAUCGUGUCUUUACAUUGACUUAAAAUUUAAAUUUGACGCCUCCGCCACGCCAGCCGUGUUCGGUGUGUUUCUAAGCUUUACCAUUUUACAGUUUCUAAAGUAGUGUUUUCUUUUUUCUUCCUGAAUAGCCCUUCUUGUCCUUGGUGAACCUCCUAUCAUCCUCUCAGUCGGUGUGGGAGCUCCUGUACCAACAGCCUUUACCCAACAAAAGUGAAUACUCCCUGAGAGAAAUGCCCUCCUCCAUACCAGACUUGAUUGACAGGCUGAUUGCUGUGAAUUCAGACGUGAAGAUCCAUUCCCUGUUCCACUAUGAGCAGUCUCACACUUUUGGUUUGCGACUGCUUAAUGUGCUUUGCUGCAGUCUGGACUCCUUCCUGCUGCUGGAGAACCAGUACAACAUCUGCUCCAUGCUGCUGCAGAGUCAGAGGGACAACAUCACCGACUCUGACAUUAAUGAAGGGUAAAAAGUUUUGAUAGUCAAGGACUUCUGCUCACUGGCACAAGUUCUGAAAAAAAAAAAAAAA